AUGGCCCUUCGUCUAUCUUCGCUAAACGAGACGUACGUCAACAAGCAUCUUCCAGUGGACGGCCAACAACCAUGUCGCUGCUUGUCCAGCCGCGGACCACCGUCGGUUGAAGAAACCGCUAAAGGCGAAUCUGAAGUUGAAAGGGGACCGCCAAAACUGCGUUCAGCGAUUCCUAUCGAGGUCCUGGAGCUCAUAUUCAGCUACCUUUCCAAAACCGAGCUCAUCCCAGUCCUCCAAUCCAACAAAUCCCUCCACAGCGCAGCCAUUCGGGUGCUGUAUCGCGAACUAUCAGCGGAAAGCCCAGCAUCCAGCAUAAAGCUCAUCCACAGGGUCCUUGACAAACCCCUAGUCCACCGCUACAUCCGCUCAGUCGACCUCAACGUGUCCAGCGUCGACACCCUAACCGGAAACUACUACCGCCUCCUCCGACGAUUCCUCCAACGCCUACCAGGACUGACAACCCUCAUCCUCGACCUCCCAAAAUCCAAUUCACCCGUAUGGAUAUUCGCAGGAUGCACCUUCCUCCUGCGUACCUUCUCAACGAGCAUGCAGUGCUCCGCCGACCUCGCCCGCUUCCUCGACUCGCAGCCCAACAUCCAAAACCUGACACUCCGCGGCUUCCAAACGGAUUCGUUCCAGACAGUCGCACAGUUCGGAAUCGACAUCGCGUCCAACCCGAGUGCUCUAUUCGCGCCUCGGCGCAAUUUUAGAGACUUUGUUUUGCAGCCUGGGUCGUUACCCCGGCUUGCGAAUUUCAAUGCGAUCCAUGCGGGCCCGCCGGUGGUAGCGACUGUGGCGAGGGGGAGGCCUGUGUCGGUUGCGUCGGUCCCACUGUUUUCGCCUGGGGCGUUGGAGAGCUUGGAUGCGUUGAGUGGGGGGAGUGUACCGCUGAGGCGGUUGACGGUGAUCAGCUUCGACCCUGCCGCUCCGAGCUUCAUCUUUGAAGAGGUCGCGAAACGAUUCCCGUCCCUCGAGGCUCUGCACAUCGUCAUUCUCCUUGCGGAAUUCAAUUCAGACCUUUUGCUCGCCGCAUGCCCUCACCUCGAGCGACUCAAACACCUCAAGUACAUCACCUGCGUCGCAACCUCGUCCGACGAGGCUCCCCUUUCCGAAGAGCAAGAAAUCGCGGAAACGUGGCACAAACAUUGUCCCUCACUCCAAACGAUCAUUCUACCUAGAGGCAAAGUGUGGUUCCAAGCACCAGCUGCGUCCCCCAGGAAGGGCAAGGGGUGGGCAUGCUUCGACGAUGAAGAUGACAGCUGA